AGCGAGAACCACAGCAUUGAACAUCAACUGCCAGGAAACUACGUAACUUCAGCUCCGGACGGUUCAGUCUAUACACUUGCAGACAGUUAAUCGCAAGGCCUGAAAAAUUCCAAAUAUAUCUCGUAAAAAUGAUGGCCGUAGCCGAGGAAGAAGAAUCGAGCGUUGCACCGCCUCUCUUGAGAUUUUUAUCAAACAGUUUGUCGGCGAAACCUUUAAAACCCCCAUAUAUACCCUAUUCACCUCAUAUUUCUCAACGAUAAACCAAACCAUAUUUUCUCGAAACCCAAACAAAAUAUGAACCCAGAAGACGAAAAAUCCUCUCAAUCGCCUCAUAAACGUUCCGAUUCUUCUUCUGCUUCAGAACACGAAACGACGCCGUCAUUGUUACAGCCAGUAAUGGGCUCUCAAGGUUUCCCUUCUGGGUCUUUGACUAUGGAGGAUAUGAACUUCGCCGGGUCUCCUAUAUCUGCUUCAUUUCCUUCUCCUUUAAUGGAAUUGGAAGCAUUCUCUUCUAUGGAACAAUCGGUUUACUCUUCUUCACAGAUGUUUGAAUUUGAAGCAAAUCCUGCAUCUGAAACAGCUCCUAUAGGACCAUCUGCUGGAGGAGACGCAGAUGAUGACGCUCCGGAGGAGGACGUUGGCGGGAUGCCUCGGCCUCUUGCGAGCUUACAGGAAAAUCCAGUACCGCCAUUUCUCUCUAAAACUUAUGAUCUGGUUAAUGAUCGGACGCUGGACCCGAUAAUUUCGUGGGGCACGACUGGUGAAAGCUUCGUGGUGUGGGAGCCUUUGGAGUUUGCUAGGAUUAUACUCCCUCGGAAUUUCAAGCACAACAAUUUCUCCAGUUUUGUCCGGCAACUAAAUACUUAUGGGUUCCGCAAGAUUGAUAGUGACAAGUGGGAAUUUGCAAAUGAAGCUUUUCGGCGAGGUAAGAGACAUUUGUUGAAGAACAUUCAAAGACGGAAGUCACCACAAACCCAGUUUGUUGGAAGCUAUACUGGGCCUUCUACUGAAGCAGGGAAGUCAGAACUUCAAAGUGAGAUAGAAAGGUUGAGGCAGGAGAGGAGUACAAUGAUGCAGGAGGUUGUAGAACUGCAGCAGCAGCAGCGUGGAGCUGUUCACCAUAUGGAAGCUGUGAAUCAGAGGCUUAAGACAGCAGAGCAGAGGCAGAAGCUGAUGGUUGCUUUCUUGGCAAAGUUGUUUCAGAAUCCAGGAUUCUUGGCUCGCCUUAGGCAAAAUAAGGAACGGGCAGUUAUUGGUUCCUCAAGGAUGAACAGGAAGUUUGUGAAGCACCAGAACCAGCAACAUGGGCCUGAAUCACCUAUUGAAGGACAAAUUGCAAAUUACAGAUCCGAGUUGGGAAACCUCCCAUUGUCUGCUGAGGUCCCAGACAUAAAUCCUGCUCCUAUUGAACAAUCUCCUGAUUAUACCUUACAAGGUAUGGUAGAAAUGGGUGAAGAUGCAGAAUGCCGAUUUGAAGUUGAGAAUGUUGCAUCUCAUAAUUUUGUGAUAUCAGAUGAACUACAAGCUGCACAAGGAUAUAUCAAUUCCCAAGAGCAGUUUGGAGAGGGGACCUCAAACUUUGGAAGUGAGGAUCCGCAGUUCAAAGGAAAGAUUGUUGCGAGUCCACAACAAGAAGUUGAUCCUGAAUAUUAUGUCUCUUUCCCUGUUGAUUUGGCAGCAGAGAAGAAUUUCCCAGAAUUCUCAUCUGGGAUUGAUAGCAUCGUUAGGCAAGAGGAAGUGUGGAGCAUGGGUUUUGACAGCCAAGCUGGUAUGUCUAGUUCUAGCCAUGAGUUGUGGGGUAAUCUUGUCAGUUAUGAUGUGCUAGAGUUUGGUACAAGUGGCGGUUUCUCUGAUAUCUGGGAUUUAGGUUCUGUUCAAGCAGCAGGAAGUUCAGGCGUGCAUAAGUGGCCAGUUGAUGAGCCCAAGAGUCAUGCUGGCCAGCCAGAAGAUGAUAGAUCAAAGAAUAUUGAUCCAUAGGGCUUCACUUGCAUCAGCACUUGUUGCCCUGUGGACAUUUUAGAUAUAGGGACUUGGACAUCAUUAUGUAGAUCAUUUGAUUGAAUAAUAACUCUAAUUCUUUCUUGAUUUUCCAAUUUUAUUUCAUUCUAUCUAAAUAUUUGUAUCUGCCUAUUUUUGUGGAUUCAUUGUAUAGUUGAAUUGAAUUAUAUCCAUAGGGUUUCAAUUUGGCAUUUCUUGCUGAUGGAUACUUUUAAGUUAUGAACUUUGCAGGUGGAACCAGUGAAAUAGAGCAUAAACUCCUGUUGGUUUGGUACUGUUUUCUAGGCGUCCUUUUGGAAUGGAUACUUCUGAUUCUGAAGAACUCUUGCAGUGGAUUUGAUGAAUUUUAUAGCGCAAAGCAUAUAUGCCAUCAAUGAAUUUGCCAUCAGUGAAGUGCAUAUUUUCAGUUAGCGUAGUCUCUGCAUAAACCAUCUAGCCAACGCCGAGGCACCAUAAUUUUGAGUUGCAAUUACUAAUUCCUUCGUCCCCUUGUACUUAUUCAUGGGUGACCACUGCUGUGUGAAGAUAGUUCUUUGUAAGCUAACCUAUGUCAUCGUGUUCCUUGUAAGCUAAUCUAUGCAGUUGUGUUCUUUGGGAUCGUACAUUUCAGUCAUGUAAUGCCUGAUUAUGAUUAGUUGUGUUAAUCCUUUUCUUGUUC